AUGGCGCUCUGCUGUGUGUUGAGCGCGUACACCUCGGCUGUCGUCAGCUCCUUGAUUUCGUACAGAGCCAAGUACCACGAAAAAUUCUCAGUCAGUGGCUCGUUGCCGGCUGCCACGAGUGCCUGCGACUCUUUGGCGCCUGUCUGGAAGUACAGCUUCCACGUUGUCCGGGCCACCUCCCACAAGUCCAUGGGCGGUUCGAAUUCGAUGACGUCGUGGCCCGCGGCCUUGAGCGCUUGCACCGUCUCGUCCAGUGACCGCCGGAUCGGCGGCUGCGGCCGCACCACGCCGUCGUCUCGGAGCACCCCAAAACACAGCUUAGGCGGCAGGAAAACAGCCUCCUUCCAGGGAAACGGCACGCACCAAGAUCUUGGUCACCAGCCGCAAGUCGGCCGUACUGUGGCAAGUCGGCCCACACGCUACCUUGAUGGAGAUCUGGCCGGGCGCAGACGUCGUCAGGCCGCCCUUGGGGAUGCGCUCGGACGACGGCCGGAUCGCGUACAGCCCGUUACAGGUCGCCGGUGCUCGGAUGCUGCCGCCAAUGUCGGUCGAUGGGCAAAAAGGCGACCCGUGCAUGCCCACCAGCGCACCGUCGCCGCCCGACGACCCUCCGGCCGAGAAGCCCCGGUGGAACGGGUUCAGCGUGCGGCCCCAGAGAUUGCUGACCGUCUGCAGCAUCAUGCCUGUCUGCGGCAUCGUUGUGCGUGCGAAUGGCACGACGCCCGCUGUCUGCAGCACCGUAACAAGCGACGCGUCUAUGUCGACGAUGUUGUCGUGCCAGGCAACGGCGGCAAAUGUGGCCGCUUUGCCCUUCAUCAUGAGCUGUUCCUUGAUGGCAAUGGGCAGGCCGUGCAAAGGACCGACCGGCUUGCCCGUCGUCUUCAGAAUGGAAUCGAGCUCGGCUGCGCGCUGCAUCGCCUCUUCAGCAAAGUAGUCGGUCAAACAGUUGACCUACAAGGUGAAGUCUAUGUUAGAGUCGUCCCAUCUCUUUUCUUGUUUAAAAAAUGA